AUGGCUGCGGUCGACGAUACUGGGGUGAUCGAAAGCAAUUAUGACAAGAUUUGCGAAACCUUUGACGAUAUGAGUCUCAAGGAAGAGCUCCUUCGUGGUGUCUACUCUUAUGGUUUUGAAAAACCUUCAGCAAUCCAGCAACGUGCUAUUGUUCCAGCUAUAACAGGACGGGAUCUCAUUGCUCAGGCACAAUCUGGAACAGGUAAAACUGCUACGUUUGCCAUCUCCGUUCUUCAACGAAUCGAGGCAACUGGAAAGGGUAUUCAAGCGCUUAUAAUGGCUCCCACGCGUGAAUUGGCUCAACAAAUUCAAAAGGUCUUUAUUGCUUUGAGUCAAUACAUGAAUAUCGGUGUACAUGGCUGCGUUGGAGGAACUUUGCUACGAGAUGAUCAGCGAGCGCUCGGCUCUCCCGAACUUCGUGUUGUUGUUGGUACUCCAGGACGUGUAUUGGAUAUGAUUAAUCGGGGAUAUUUUGAUCCCAGUGAUAUCAAAAUGUUUGUUCUUGAUGAAGCCGAUGAAAUGCUUUCUCGUGGAUUUAAAGAUCAAAUUUAUGAAGUAUUCAAGCAUAUGCCAGAAAGUGUGCAAGUUUUUCUGUUAUCUGCGACUCUUCCCGCAGACGUUCUCGAAGUGACGCAGAAGUUUAUGAGAGACCCAAUCAAGAUUCUUGUGAAAAAAGAGGAGCUUACUCUUGAAGGAAUCAACCAAUAUUUCAUUGAUGUCGGCGAAGAUAAAAACAAGUUCGAGACGCUUCUGGAUUUGUACAAGGCUAUUAGCGUCACUCAAGCAGUAAUUUUUUGCAACACUCGAAAACGUGUCGAACAGAUUACGGAGGAUCUUGGUCGAAACCAGUUCACUGUUUCAUCUAUUCAUGGUGACAUGGAGCAAACAGAAAGAGAGAAUAUCAUGCGUGCCUUCCGAAGCGGAUCUUCUCGAAUUUUGAUUACAACCGAUUUAUUAGCAAGAGGAAUUGAUGUUCAACAGGUUUCGCUCGUCAUCAAUUAUGAUUUGCCUAUGAAUCGCGAAAACUACAUUCACCGAAUUGGUCGUUCGGGACGCUUCGGUCGCAAAGGAACUGCUAUCAACUUCAUCACGGAAAAGGACGCACAUGAUUUGAGGGAUAUUGAGACCUUUUAUCAGACGCACAUUGAAGAAAUGCCUAUGGAUAUUGCUGAUAGGCUU